GAUACAAUUCUGGCAGAAUUGCUUCAGAUCAAUAAGGAAUAUAUAGUUGGAUAUCACGAACAUGAUUCACUCCUGGACCAUAAGGAGGAAGAGGAACUCACUGAAGAAGAAAGGAAGGCAGCGUGGGCAGAAUAUGAAGCAGAAAAGAAGGGCUUGACUAUGCGUUUCAACAUGCCGACUGGGACCAAUAUGCUUCCCACGAACUUCAACUCCCAAACACCGUAUAUUCCUUUCAAUUUGGGUGCUCUGUCAGCAAUGAGUAAUCAACAGCUGGAGGACCUUAUUAAUCAAGGAAGAGAGAAAGUUGUGGAAGCAACCAACAGUGUAACUGCAGCAAGAAUUCAGCCCCUUGAAGACAUCAUUUCAACCAUAUGGAAAGAAAACGUAACGCUCACAGAGAGCCAAGUACAGGCCCUGGCACUAAGCAGGCAGGCAAGCCAGGAGCUUGAUGUCAAGCGCCGAGAAGCCAUCUAUAACGAUGUCCUUACUAAACAACAGAUGCUCAUCAGUUGUGUUCAGAGGAUACUCAUGAACAGAAGACUACAGCAGCAGUACAGCCAGCAGCAGCAGCAGCAGAUGUCUUACCAGCAAGCAGCAAUGAGUCAUCUCAUGAUGCCAAAGCCUCCAAAUUUAAUCAUGAAUCCUUCCAACUACCAACAGAUAGAUCUGAGAGGAAUGUAUCAGUCAGUGUCUGGUGGUAUGCAGCCACCGCCGUUACAACGAGCACCACCCCCAAUGAGAGGCAAAAAUCCAGGGCCUUCCCAAGGGAAAUCAAUGUGAUUUUGCACUAAAAGCCUAAAGGAUUGUUAAAAUCAGAGAAAGAACUUUUUAUUUUUUUAGGAAUCAAUGGCUUAACAGAACUCAACUGUAAAAAAAAAAAAAA